AAAAACUGUGUCUCCCUCUCUCUGUUACAGGGUUUGUUAUUGGCAUUAAAAAAGGUGUAGAUACAGAUUCUAACAUAACAGAAAGAAGAUAAAAACAGUUUCGCCAUGGAAGAUCUUUCUUCCUACUUGUUAAAGCUCUGUGUAUUCUCCAUAAUAACAUUUCUGUUUGUUCUAAAGCUUUUUGUGUUGAUUUGGUGGAGACCCAGAAAAAUUGAAGAGCAUUUCUCUUUACAAGGGAUUAGAGGUCCCCCUUAUCGCCUCUUUGUGGGAAAUGCUAAAGAACUUGUUAGUUUAAUGUCGAAGGCUUCUUCUCAACCUAUGCCUUUUUCUCAUAAUAUACUGCCCAGAGUUCUCUCCUUCUAUCACCACUGGAAGAAAAUCUAUGGGGCGACGUUUCUUGUGUGGUUCGGGCCAACCGUUCGUCUCACCGUGGCUGAUCCCGACUUGAUUCGAGAAAUUUUCACUUAUAAGUCGGAAUUCUACGAGAAGAACGAGGCUAAUGCAUUGACUAAACAGCUCGAAGGCGAUGGACUCCUUAGCCUCAAAGGAGAGAAAUGGGCUCACCAUAGGAAAAUCAUCACCCCUACCUUCCACAUGGAAAAUCUUAAAUUGUUAAUACCAGUGGCAUCAAGAAGUGUGACUAAAAUGUUAGACAAAUGGUUUGAUAUGUUAAAAAAUUCCGAUGAAGUCGAAAUUGAAGUAUCGGAGUGGUUCCGGUUAUUAACAGAAGAUAUCGUCGCUCGGACCGCUUUUGGAAGUAGCUAUGAAGAAGGAAAAGCCAUUUUCAGAUUACAAGCCCAACAAAUGGCCCUUGCAUCCGAAGCAUUUCACAAAGUUUUCAUCCCGGGUUAUAUGUUUCUACCCUCGAGACGGAAUAUAAAGUCUUGGAAAUUGGAAAAGGAAAUUAAUAAGUCCCUAAUGAGAGUGAUUGAUCGAAGGACAAAGAAUUGGAGGAAUGAAAUUGUAGAGAAUGGGCCCAAAGAUUUGUUGGGAGUUAUGAUUCAAGCAAGUUUGAAGAGUGAAGAAUUGAAUUUGAAUUCAAGAAUUACUGUCAAUGACAUUGCUGAAGAAUGCAAGACCUUUUUCUUUGCUGGUGAACAGACAACAUCAAAUUUGCUGACGUGGACGACUGUUUUGCUAGCUAUGCACCCGGAAUGGCAGGCCUUAGCACGUGACGAGGUCCUUAAGGUAUGCGGAUCACGUGACUUACCCACUAAAGAUGAUGUUGUCAAGCUCAAAACGUUGGGGAUGAUCUUGAACGAGUCUCUUAGACUCUAUCCACCGAUUGUGGCGACGAUCAGACGACCAAAGAUGGAUGUGGAGCUUGGAGGUUAUAAAAUUCCGUGUGGAACGGAGUUACUAAUACCGAUCCUUGCGGUUCACCAUGAUCAAGCUAUAUGGGGUAACGAUGUAAAUGAGUUCAAUCCAAGUAGAUUCUCUCAAGGAGUUGCUCGAGCGGCAAAGCAUCCGAUGGCCUACAUUCCCUUUGGACUUGGAGUUCGACAAUGCAUUGGCCAAAACUUAGCGAUUUUACAAACCAAAUUGACGCUUUCUAUUAUACUUCAACGAUUUUCUUUCCAUCUAUCCCCGAGCUAUCAACAUGCUCCAACGGUUUUGAUGCUUCUUUAUCCACAGUAUGGGGCACAAAUCAUAUUUCGACCUUUGUCUUGCCCCCAAGACUAAUAGUCAGGAUCAAACCUCAAGAAUUCUAACUCUUUGUGAGUUUGUCUAUACGUACAUCUAUAUAUAUCUAUUUCAUGUUUAAAUCGGACAUCGAAUACCUAACUAUUUUGAUUUCGACACGUAAAAUUUAUUCUCGAAAUUUUUUAGAAGUGUCAAAAAAGCAUUCAAAAUCUGGUAUGAUUUCUCAUUUAUUUUUAUUUUAUUUUUUCACAAUCUUUCUAGUACUAUUCCCUUCACCUGAUAAUAGUACCUUUACUGACCCCUCUCUUCCCCAAGUUGUUAUGUCUCUGUCUCUAUCCAAAUUAGAUUUUGGCUCUACAUGGGCUAGUCUUAGGGGAAUUCUUAGUGGCUAGUUGUGUAUAUUUUAAUUUUAAUAUAUAUUAAUUAGUGUAUAUUUUCC